UCCUCUUCCUCUUCCUCUUCCUCUUCCAGUCUUCCUUCACAUUCUGUCUCUAUUUCCCCCCCAAAUAAUACGCGUACCCUAAAUUCCAUUUCAAAUAGAUUAUGAAGUUUUUGUCCUUUUUUGAGUUUAGUUGAAAAAAGUGGACAAAUAUAUCUAUACACCACGAUUUCUGACUUGUGUGUUCUGAAAUCUGAACCCUAUACGAAUUGCUUCUCACUCAGCAAAAUACCACACUGACUUGUGUGUUCUGAACCAAGACUCACAUAUUUGUUGUAUUGACAUUUUCUGAACCAAGACUCACAUAUUUGUUGUAUUGACAUUUUCUGAACCAAGACUCACACAAGACACAACACUUGCCUCCUAACUGUGUUCUUUAGCUGCACGUCAAAGGAAGAUGAAAGAACAGAUGGCUAUAUUAGGGAAUAAUAGAAUUGAAGAUGUUCGGUGGCUUUGUUCCUUAACCGAAUCUGAGCUUGAUUUAUUGAUAGGUUUGAAAGUUCUGAUACAACAACGUGCCAAAAAGAUUGGUCAUAAGUCUUUAGCUAACAAGUUUGAUUUGAAGACCCUUCGAGCUCUCAGUUUCAUUUUGAUGGAGAAUCUUAAUGGAAAACUUAAAGAUCUCUCUGGUACACCUGGUACAGCCGAGUCCUCAUCAACUUUAGAUGCAUGUAAUUUGUUGAAUUAUGGUCUAGACAAGACUUUUGCAAAUAUGGGGGUUGAACAGCUGAGCUCCUACAUUUGCAACGAUAAGAGGAAGAGAAUUAUGGAGAUGUUUUUUGAAGACAUGUCUCCAAAUAGAAAGCAGAGAGUUAACAGUGACAACAGUAGAUCCAUGUAGCUAUACAAGCAGAUUAUAAGUUCUUUCCUAAUAUGUAAUAUUCAAAAUUUGAUGUGAAGGGUUAUUAUUGCUUAUUUUGCUUUCACUUUUUGAGCUAUAUAAGGUGUAACUUUAAUAUAUUUUUACUUUUAAUCUUCUUA